GGGUAUUGUCUGUAUCAGUGAUUGUCACACUUGUGUGUAGUCAAAUAUCACGAAACAACCAUUACUAUCACCAUUCUAACAUCAACUACGCGACAUGGAAGACCCUUCUGUCAAGUUUCCAAACGAGCCGGAUUUGGUUGAGAUUUUAUGGAGGCAGGAUAUUGAUUUGGGGGUGGAGCGUGAGAUCUUUGAUGGAUGUCUACGGCAGAGGACGGAGGAGGCGAGGAGAGCGAGGGAGAGGGAGCAGGAGAGAGAGCUGGAGAGGAUUAUGCAGAGGUUACAGAAACUAGACAAGGAGACUGGAGAGUUUUUGCCAAGUCCUUCAUCAGUGAACUCCCAGGCCAUGCCCUUCUCAGCGACAUUACCUUCUACAGUGUCUACCCAGCAUUCACCCAUUACCCAGAAUCCCCUGCUGUCUGCCCUGCUGUUCUCUAAAUCUCAGAAAGCUUCUUUUGGAGAGCAGGCUGAACUGCCAUCAGUGCCAGAUUUACAGUAUUAUUUGGAUCUCUUGGAGUCUGAGAGCCCGGAUUCGCCCUUAGAGGAUAUAAUGGAAAUCUGCAACCACAACCUGUCAGAUAAGGAGAACUCAGUGUGUGAUCUUAGUGAACUAACCCAGACAAUUUCUGACUCUCUUGAGGUUGUUCAGCCUUUGUUAUGCACGCCCUGUAAUCCAGUCCUGGAGGCAUGCAUACCAGCGCUCUCAGGUGAUUCUGUAUAUUCACCCAUAAAUACAAAUUUUACCUCCAGUACAUCUGAGAACCUCAAUCAGACGUGUUUGACUGAAUGCCAGCUAAACUCAAACCAGUCAACCCUUAGUGAAUUUACAACCACAUUCACCAUUAAUACCACAGAGUCAGGUGGUUCACCUGAAUGGAGCACCACACAUGUUGACAGCCGUGUCUUGAUUGGAGGCUUCGACGACUCUACGUCUGCUGGGUCUGUGGAUCUGGACACAUCUUUCUAUGCCACAGACACCAUUAGUAGCCAAUCAGAAGAUGAGGAGUUAAAAAGCGUCCAAUCAAAUUAUACUGAUCUGCUGCCUUUAUCACUGGACUUAGAGUCUGUAGAAGCGCUAUACGAAACUGUUACGUGUACAAAACACCAAACGCAAAAUAAAUCGACCAAAAAAGAACCUAACUACAAAACUACAAGAGGAAGCCGGCGUGUUUCCCGAGACGAACAGCGGGCACGAGCGUUAGGUUUGCCGCUCACGGUGCGUGACAUCAUCGGCCUGCCUGUGGAAGCAUUUAAUGAAGCCGUCAACUCUAGCAAGCUCAGCAACGCCCAACUUACCCUCAUAAGAGACAUUCGAAGGCGCGGCAAAAACAAGAUGGCCGCCCAGAGCUGUCGCAAACGAAAGUUGGAUGGUCUCGUCGACCUUGAAGAAGAGGUCGAAGCUUUGAAGAUGAAGAAGGAUCAAGGUGAAGAAGAACAAGAGAGGAACAUCAAAGAUCUUCGAGAUACGAAAGAAAAGCUUAGGAAACUCUACGACGAGGUGUUCAGCCAGCUUAGAAAUGAAGACGGAAACCCCUACGACCCCAAAAAAUACAAACUGCAACUUAGCACAGAUGGAGCGGUUUACCUACUGCCACGUAACAUAGCUAACAGGAAAAAUACAUUGACCGAGAACUAACCUGUUGCUGUGUGUAACCUAAAUCAUUACGAUUUGCAGGGCCCUGGAUGAAAUUGGACUCUCAAGUCCUGAUUCCCAAUGAGUGGGCUAUUCCAUAUAGAACAUUAGUGGACCCACUCACUACAAGGGUCAGGAUAACAUUCCCAGUUUUUCUCCCAUAAAGCAGUCUGACUGUACAGUAUGUACAGCAAACCUUACAAACUAAAACAAACACUGUCAGAUGUAUACACAUUUCAAGUGCAUACUAGGCGGUUUCCAGGACAGGGUUUAGAUUAAUCCAGGACUAGGCCUUAGACAUUCAAGUAGUUUUUACAAACCUUACAAAAAAAAACAGUACUGGUGUGCAUUUUGAGACAAAAUAUAUGUUUAGAUGUGUCAGUGCAAGGUGUUUUUAAAUUAAGGCAGCUCAAACAUGCAUUUCAGUCUGGGACUAGAUUUAAUCCCUAUCUGGGAAACCGCCCCAUACUGUAUAAACUGAACAUUAGUACCCAAUAUUAAUAUGUUGCAAUCUCAAUGUCUACAUUUAAAUUACAUAAACUUUUUUGUGUUGUACAUCUAUUAUUUUUACCAAAGAGCGUAUGUUUUGAAAAAUAAAUGAAUAUUUUAUGCGUAUUUGUUUUAUUCUUAUUAAUAUGCAUGUUUAAUUAAUAAAGUCUUUAGAAUCUAAUACUCUGUCAUGCAACAUUCAAAAUCAGUAUCAGACCAACGUAUAUGUUCAGUAUUUCGACAAUACCUUUUAGGUGUGCUUUUACUGCCCCCUUUUGGAGAAAAUAGGACA